AUGGGGAAUAAAAGUGACGAGACCCUGAAGGAGGAAGGCUUCUGUGCCUGCUGCUGGCUGGAACUGAAUCUCCAGAUAGAGGAAAGCCGAGAUGCCGGGCCUUUCCUGAAGCGGCUGGCGCGGCCUCGCAGAAGCGCACCCAAAGGCCGGAAAGCAAGGGCUCGCAGAGCGAUCGCAGCUCACUAUGAAGUUCACCCACGACCGGGACAGGACGGAGCGCAGGCCGGUGUGGACGGGACGGUGAGUGGCUGGGAGGAGGCCAAAAUCAACAGCUCCAACCCACUGCGCUAUGACCGCCAGAGCGGGGAAUUUACAGUCACUCGGGCUGGGCUCUACUACCUGUACAGUCAGGUGCACUUUGACGAGGGGAAGGCCGUCUACCUGAAGCUCGAUUUGCUGGUGGACGACGCGCUGGCCCUGCGCUGCCUGGAAGAAUUCUCCGCCACGGCCGCCAGCUCCCCGGGGUCCCAGGUCCGCCUCUGCCACGUGUCUGGGCUAUUGCCCCUCCGGCCAGGGUCCUCCCUGCGGAUCCGCACCCUCCCCUGGGCCCAUCUCAAGGCCGCCCCCUUCCUCACCUACUUCGGACUCUUUCAGGUUCACUGAGGGGCCCCGGUGGCGCCCCGGGCCCCACCCUCCGCUGCUCCCCGCCCCCGCCCCCCCCCCCCCCCCCCGCAGGCUGCUUGGACUGUUCACGUGUUGCCACGCCACGUAGACAACCCCCUUCUCCUCUGACACCCACUCUCCCUCCCCCCUGCACCUCACUAGCUCCUGAAUCCCUGGUCUUUCGCCGCCCCCCCCCCCCAUUUAUCUCCUGACUCCCUGCCCUGGCCACAACCUCCCCACCCUGCCCCCGGACACUGUGUCUACUCUACUCUGGGUGAGGGUGGGUCCCCACCGCCUGUUCAGGCACUAAGAGGGGCUGGACGCCAGGGAGACUGAGACGGGGCCAGGAGUUCCCAAACGUGAGGGCUAAGAGAAAGACGAGAUCCUUCCCGAUAAUUCCCUGUGGAUUUUUAAAACAGAUAUUAUUUUUAUUAUUAUUGUGACAAAAUGUUGAUAAGUGAAUAUUAAAGAGAAUAAGCCACGGUC